AUGGAACAAAACCACCACCCACAAUUUUCCUCCUCCUCCACCACCGCCGCCGCUGAAUCCACCGGCACCGGAAAUCUGGCGGCGGCGGGCACCGCCGGAGAAGAGCCGAGCUACCGAGGGGUCCGGAAGCGGAAUUGGGGCAAGUGGGUGUGUGAAAUCCGGGAGCCGAGGAAGAAAUCGAGGAUAUGGCUGGGAACUUACCCGACGGCCGAGAUGGCCGCGCGUGCCCACGACGUGGCGGCCCUCGCCGUCAAGGGCCCGUCGGCCUUCCUCAACUUUCCCCACCUGGUCGGCCGCCUCCCCCGGCCGGCCUCCGCAGCGGCAAAGGACAUCCAGGCGGCCGCCGCGGAGGCGGCGGCGGCCACCGAUCUGGACGGGCCGACCGGGCGCCAGGCGUCGAGCUCGGACUCGUCGACGGAUUCUGCCUCGGACGCGCGAGCGGGUGAUUGGACGGCGGCGGCCACCGAGAUGGACGGGCCGAUGGGGCGCCAGGUGUCGAGCUCGGACUCGUCCACGGAUUCGGUCUCGGACGCGCGAGAGCCGUCGGAUUGCGCGAUUGAUUGGACGGCGGACGACGACGACACGUUUUUCGACCUGCCGGAUUUGGGGGUGUCCGCGUGUGGUACUCACGGCGUGGAUGGGUUCUGUUGCUACGCGCCCACGUGGCUGGAUCCAUUUUCGUGGGAUGAUGAUUAA